AUGUCCGCUCCCGGAGCAACCACUGCGGCCCCAAAUAAUACGACCUUGCCGGGCGAGGUGUCUGGCAUCAUCCCUUCGUCCGAAGGGACGACAGAUGCACCGAACAAUACCACUCUUCCUGGCGAGGUCUCCGCUGUUGUUCCCGACAGUGAAGGGAAGCCCUCGUCGACUGAACCACCCAUUGUAUGCCUUUUGUCAUUUUGCUUAAUAAGUACCGUGCUGACCUGGACUCAGGAGGCUCUUCCGGUCGCCGAUCAAAAGGACGAGGCAAACAAGGAGGUCUCCGUUGCAAAGACUGCCACGCCGAUUGAAGAGCUUUGGGCACACGCCAAGUCCCAUGGACAUCCCGAAAUCUGGGGAGUUACCCUGGCAGAUCCGUCCAGUCACAUUCCGACCAGGGUUAUCCUGCAAAAGUACCUCAAUGCCUAUGACGGAGACUUGGCACAAUCCAAGGACACACUCACCAAGACCCUGGACUGGCGAGCCAAGAUGAAGCCACUUGAGUUACUGAAGAAGCAAUUCAACCGCAGCAAGUUCGCUGGCCUUGGAUACACGACUGUCUAUGGCGAUGCCGAGUCGAACGACCCCGAGGCGAGGGAGGUGUUUACUUGGAACAUCUAUGGCGGUGUCAAGGAUCUGAACGAGACGUUUGGCAAUCUCCAAGAGUUCAUUGAAUGGCGUGUCGCCCUCAUGGAAGAUGCCCUACAAGCACUCGGUAUUGACAAGGCCACCAAGCCCAUUACAGCUGAGUACGACCCGUACAAGAUUCUCCAGGUGCACGACUACAAAUCGAUCAGUUUCCUGCGGCAGUCCCCUGUUGUGAAGGCUGCCAGCACUGAGACCAUCAAGGUCUUCGCUCAGAACUACCCUGAGCUCCUCAAGGAGAAGUUCUUCGUGAACGUACCGGUCUUCAUGGGGUUCAUCUAUGCGUUCAUGAAACUCUUCGUCGCGGCUAAAACGAUCAAGAAGUUCCAUCCGAUGAGCAAUGGUGCCAAUCUUGCCAAGGAGUUGUCUACCAGCAGCAAGGUUAAAGGGCUGGGAGAGCUGCUGCCGAAAGAGUACGGUGGAAAGGGUGGCGACCUGAGCACUACUGGCAGGCAGGCAGCUCUUGCGGAAGAGUCAGUGGCCAAGGCCGAGUCCUAA